AUGUUGCGCCAUGGACAUGCUGUUUCAUCGAGUUUGCCUGUAUAUGUCAUCUGGAAGGCGAAUAAUAUCGAUUCCUGGCUGAAUGCAGAUCUUAAAAAGUUUACGUACAAUUCUAGCCAUAUCAUCAUUGGUAGUGGGCUUGACGACUACGAGGCAGCUUUGGAUCAGCAUAAUUGGACCAUCGAUGCGAAACUCCAAAUGGAAAACCGAUCUUGCGCGGAUGAUAAAGUUAGGAGAAGGUUGGGUGGGUGGCCGGAGUGGUGGCAUGACUUCUGGGGAACAACAUUCGGGUUUUGCUUUUCGGGGAACUCGCAAGACAUCGGCUACAUAAUCUCGGGGUCGGGAUCGGGAUGGGUCAACAAAUGGUCCGUGCGCUCCCGCUCCCGCUUCCGAACCUUAUUUCGCCCGAAUCUUCGUCGGAACACGGGAAGGACAACGCAGAUGAAAGCUGAAGUUAGGAGGCUGCUGAAGUCGGGAAUUGACAUUACUGCAAACACAUACGAGGUAUUGAAAGUCCCCACCGCUUUAACGGAUGCCAAAAUCACUCUUGUGGACGAUGAGCCACGAAUUUACCUGGGAGCCACUGAGUUCGUUAUUGAGGUAUCUGGUGGGCUUUUCUGCACGGAACAGGAGGUUACCAGACUCGAACCGUCGCGGGACUUAGGGUUUGGCCAGGACUGGAAAGACUUCGUUCUGGUGGAAAUGGAGGUGAUAACCUCUUCAGGAGAGGUUGCAUGGGCAUCAUCGCAGCACAUUCCGUAUCGGGGCAUAUUACAGAAUAAUUGGAUUAACAGCAAUUCGAGGGCUUGA